ACUGUUUACAACGUAAAAAAAACCACAACACAAUUUAUUAAUCACUUUUAAUUUCUAUAUAAAAUUCUAAACGUUUGCAAGGCGUGGCAUGAAUAAAAAACUUUAAAUAUUUAAUUGUAACAAUAAAAUGAACAAAAGUUGAAUAAUUAAAUAGAGAAAAUAAUCUAAAAUCUAUAACAAUGGCAAAUGAAAAUAAACAAGAGUACCAUAGAGCAUCAAAUGCUGUAGUUUAUGGUGGUUUAAUCAUGUUUAUCGGUGGAAUUUUUCUCUGGAUAUCUUUCAUGAGUCCAUACUGGCUUGAAUCAUAUGAUGGAACUUUUAGAGAAUUCAAAAGUAUGGGAAUAUGGCAAUAUUGUUUUGAAGAUUUUCGAUAUCCAUAUUAUCAAUUUGACAAGCUAUUCAAUGGAUGUCAUGCAAUCUAUUCAACAGAAUAUCAUGUUAUACGAGAAUGGCUAUUACCAGCUUGGCUAUUGAUCAUUCAAAUAUUUUGUACACUUGCAUUUUUAUUAUCAUUUUUUGCACAAGGUGUUAUUGCUUUGACUUUGGUUCGCAUUCCAUUAAGAUUAGUAUUGCGAUAUGAAUGGAUGAUGUCAUCAGUUGCCUCUGUAUGUUCUGCAACAUCAGCUGCAUUGCUGUUUUUCUCUGUUUUAAUAUUUCCAACACAAUGCUGGCGUCGAGAUUGGCUUAUGUAUCCAAAAAUGAAUCAUUUAUCAUGGUCAUGGUACUUUGCAAUUGUUGCAUUAAUUUUACAUGCUGUUGCUGCACUCAUGCUGUACCUUGAUGCAUGUCAAGGAUACAAAAUGCGAAAAGAAUCAAGAAAUCUCGUUGUACAAAUGCAACCAAAUCCAAGAAGUAAUCAAAGUUCUCUUCAUCGAAUGGGUUACAUAUAAAUUUUAAUCAAGUAUUUUCAGCAAGUAUAAUUACUUGAAAUCCGUCCAUAAAUUUACAUAUAAUUUUAAUCUAAGUAUUCAACAAGUAUAACUACUUGAAAUUCGUCCAGAAAAUUUUUUAUUAUCUUGAAAAAAAUAUACAAAUAUUUUAUUAAUCGACAAUUUUUUAUAUCAAUUGAUUAAACUAAUAAUAAAUAAA